AUGUCGACCUCUCCUCGACCUCGCCCUCCUUCUCCUUCUCAGUCCUCCAGCGUACGGGCCCUCAGUGUUCGUGGUAGUAGACCUCUUCUUCCUCCAUUAUCGACGGUCAUAACUGUUCCCCCAUGGGCUAAAGACGAACCACCUUCCCCCAAAGAACCUCUUGACGUUCAGCAUGGUCCAACUCCAGAAUCUCGAGCUUCAGAUGUUGCCUCAUUUCAGUCAACCAUCGAUGGCGCUCCAAGUCGCUGGUGGGCUUUCACACUUCCUCGCCCCAACAAAGAAACCAAUCCAUCGGAAUAUCUUCUCGAAACGAAACCAAAGCCUACUACGUUCAGGUCAUCCAAAUCAUGGCUACCGUCCUCUACCUCAGCCUUCCGAGACAGCUCCACAUUUUCCAGGAGACUUGGAGAAAAACCAAAUACGAAUGAAAACGGCGGCGACCAGCCUGCCCGACAGCCAUGGAAUCGUACAAUACAAAUGCCAUCCCCAAUUGCUCCCUUUACCUCAGCCCAUAACCCUACACCUGGUUGGGAGACUCCCUGGACUGCCCGUCCAGAUGCUCAGGGUCCCAAUCGCAAUCUUGAAACUGGCAACUCUUACAUAUUUGAAAAUGCAGCUGAAUCGUCUGAAAACAAUUCUCACGAAGACCAAAAAUCAUGGACUGCACGCAAGAAGAGGUUCAGGAUUUUCUUAUUGACCAACACAUAUGUUCCUUUGUUGUUUCGUGUCAUAAACAUUUCCUUUACCUCUGCGGCGCUGGGUAUAUCCGUUCGUAUCAGGCGUCGAGAGUCAGAAAACGGAAUCAUGGGUGCUGUUGGUAGUUCCCCCACUCUUAUCAUUAUAUUUGCUCCCCUAACACUUGUGCACGUAAUGAUCGCUAUUUAUUUGGAGUAUUUCGGUCGGCCCCUGGGUCUCUGGCGAACAUCGGGGAAAUUGGCGCACACCCUUUCAGAAGUUUUGUUCAUAUGCGCUUGGUCGGCUGCCCUAUCCCUCUCGUUUGAAAACUUUUUUACAUCCCUAAUACCCUGCGCGUCUGCGGAACAUACUGCAUGGUAUAACCAGCUACCUCGCCCCAACAGUAAUUUACCUAUUUUUGAAGGCAGUAUCGGAGACAUGAUUUGCGAUGACCAACUCUCGCUCAUUUGCCUCGUUGGGGUCGGUUUGGUCAUGUAUUGCAUAAAUCUCAUCAUCAGUCUCUACCGCAUAUUCGAGAAGGUCAAAGCUCUGCCUGCUGCUUCUCGUCUGGGCGUGAUUCAGACUUGA